AUGCUUGCCCCUUCUAGCAAGAUGUCGCGGCAUAUUUUCAUCCAAAGCCUUUUGUUUGCUGUCCUCUUUGUCAUUCUCUUGAUAUGGAUAUCUUCCCCGCAAGCCCGAUUUAGCUCAGAUACAGUCUCUACGGCAGUCUCGACGGCGGACUCUACGGUAGUCUCGACGGCAGUCUCGACGGCAGCCUCGACAGCAGCUCCUGCUCGGUUGCAACCCGACAUCCCCAACUACGCCCAUUUCGUGUUUCUUCUCGAAAAGCCUGAAUCCGACUUCCCCUUCGUCUUCUUCCAGUAUCUUUCCAUGUACGCUGCAUGGUACUAUCUACGCCCUGAUAAAAUAUACCUACACACCGACGCACGCGAGCAGCAGAUCAAGCGCGCACGGGAAGGUUUAGCUGGAAAAUGGUCAAAGCUUAUCUUCGAGAUACCAGGUCUUACCAUUAAUCACGUUAAAAGUCCGACCGUUGCGCGGAAUGGCGUUAAGAUACAGCAUAUGGCGCAUAAAUCGGAUUUUAUUAGAGUCGAAGCGAUCCGCGAGUUCGGAGGACUUUAUAUGGAUUUUGAUGUUUUCGCUAUACGGGACCUAAGACAACUUCUAACAAGUGGCUUUGAGUCUAUAAGUGGACGGGAACCAGGUGGCCUAAUGACGGCCGGAGCCUUCCUCGCUCAAAAACAAAGUAAGAUUAUGAAUAUGUGGGCUGAGCAGAUGCAUCAAGUCUUUGACCAGGGUUGGAUAACUCAUUCGAAUGGCUUGAUGACUCGAAUCGGCGAACAGCUUAUUCCAGACCCGCGGCAAAUACUGGUCUUAGAGCAGGAUGCCUUUACACCAGUCACCUAUUCACCAGGAGGCGUGGAAAGCUUCCUUGAAUCUCACCAAAACGUACCGUCUGCCCUACAAGAUCACAAAGACGGGGAAACCUUACCUUUCUUGAACCAUUACGACGAGCCACAGGGGUCAGGGGCCAUGAAUUUUAAUAAAUCAUAUAGUGUACACGCGUUCCGAAUCGAGGAGACAGGUAUUGAGGUUUCACCACGCAGUAUACUAGAAAGACGAAGCGACAUCGGCCGAGUCUUGUACCCUGUCGUGAGGGAUAUGUACAACCAGGGCGUCAUUUCAUUAGAUGAAAAGUAA